UCUUUAGUGUUGCUGAUGAGACGCUAUUCACUUUAUUACACAUUCUGGGCCAUGGACGCAACCUUUAGCUCUAUUAAUAUUUGUUUUUUAAUAGCUAGCUAAUAAAGCCAAGGAUAGUUGGGGAAAUAAGUAGUAGCCGGAUUGGUUGCAGAGUCUGGUCGAGGCUGGUUGGCCGGUGAAUGCACAGAGUGAAGAAAGUGAAGCGUGGGAACAAAACAGAAGUUUACUGGAAAAGUUGUUUAGAAGUGAAUAUGACGGCGGUGGACGGGCUAACAGAGAGCACAGAGGUGGUGGAGAUGGAGGACGUCCCGUCUCAGUUCUACGUGGAGAAGCACUCGUGGGAUGGCCUGCGUGACAUCAUCCACAGCAGCAGGAAGUACUCGGGAAUGAUCGCCAACAAAGCACCCCAUGACUUCCAGUUUGUGCAGAAAAACGAUGAGUCAGGCCCCCACUCCCAUCGCCUGUACUACCUCGGGAUGUCUUACGGAAGUAGAGAGAACUCACUGCUCUACUCCGAAAUCCCCAAGAAGAUCCGGAAAGAGGCCCUCUUGGUGUUGUCGUGGAAACAGAUGCUGGAUCACUUCCAGGCCACACCGCACCAGGGGGCCUAUUCCCGGGAGGAGGAGCUGCUUCGGGAGCGUAAGCGUCUGGGAGCGUUUGGGAUCACCUCCUACGACUACCACUCCCAGACCGGCCUGUUCCUCUUCCAGGCCAGCAACAGCCUCUUCUAUUGUCAGGACGGGGGAAACAACGGCUUCAUUCAGUCUGCCCCAAUGAAGCCGGUGGAGAUUAAGACACAGUGCUCAGGGACCCGCAUGGACCCCAAGAUCUCCCCAGGAGAGCCCAACUUCAUUGCAUUUAUCAACAACAACGACCUGUGGCUGGCUAACAUCAAGUCUGGGGAGGAGAGGAGACUCACCUUCUGUCACAAAGGUCUGGAUAACGUGAAGGAGGACCCCAAGUCUGCGGGCGUGGCCACGUUUGUGAUCCAGGAGGAGUUUGACCGCUUCACUGGCUACUGGUGGAGUCCAUCUGCUGUAGAGGACUCAGAUGGGGGGAAAACCCUGCAUCUGCUGUAUGAAGAGGUGGAUGAGACGGAGGUAGAGAUCAUUCAUGUUCCCUCUCCAGCCCUGGAGGAGCGGAAGGCCGAUGCUUACAGAUACCCCCGCACAGGCAGUAAAAAUCCACAAACCACCCUCAAACUGGCAGAGAUAAAGACUAACAACCAAGGCAAAAUCAUGAGCAUCCAAGACAAGGAGCUGGUUCUCCCCUUCACCACCCUAUUCCCCGGGGCGGAGUACAUCGCCCGGGCAGGAUGGACGAGUGACGGCAAAUAUGGUUGGGCCGUGCUGCUGGACCGCAGUCAGAAGAGGCUCCAGCUGGUCCUGCUUCCCCCGGCCCUCUUCAUCCCCGUCACAGACGACCCGGACCAGAGACAGGAGAGCCUGGAGGCCGUGCCCGAGGACGUCCACCCUUACAUUGUCUACGAGGAGACCACCGACAUCUGGAUCAAUGUUCAUGAUAUUUUCUAUCCGUUCGUUCAAACGUCCGAGGACGACUUCUCCUUCAUAUGGGUGAAUGAAUCCAAAACGGGCUUCAGCCAUCUGUACAAAAUCACGUCAACUUUGCGACCAGGCUGCUACCAAUGGUCAGGAAACUACACACAUACAGAGGGAGACUUUAAAUGUGCAAUCAAGGAGGAGGUGACUCUGACCAGUGGAGAGUGGGAGGUGUUGGCCAGGCAUGGCUCCAAGAUCUGGGUGAAUGAGGCCUCUAAGCUGGUGUACUUCCAGGGCACUAGAGACACUCCCCUGGAGCACCACCUCUAUGUGGUCAGCUAUCAGUCCCCUGGCGACGUGGUCAGACUCACCAAGCCUGGCUUCUCCCACAGCUGCUCCAUAAGUAAGAACUUUGACAUGUUUGUAAGCCACUACAGUAACGUAAGCACUCCCCCCUGUGUCCACGUCUACAAGCUGACCGCCUCAGAGGGAGACCCUCUCCACAUGGUGCCUGAGUUCUGGGCCAGCAUGAUGGAAGCCCCGGGUUGCCCAGGAGACUACAAAUCUCCGGAGAUCUUUGACUUCCCAGGAAAGUCGGGCUUCCAGCUCUACGGAAUGGUGUACAAGCCUCACAACCUCCAGCCUGGCAAGAAGCAUCCCACAGUCCUCUUUGUCUAUGGCGGCCCGCAGGUCCAAUUGGUGAAUAACUCCUUCAAGGGGAUGAAAUACCUGCGCCUCAACACCCUGGCCUCCCUGGGAUACGCCGUGGUGGUCAUCGACGGGAGGGGCUCCUGUCAGAGGGGCCUGGAGUUUGAAGGGGCUCUGAAAAACAAAAUGGGCCAGGUGGAGAUCGAGGACCAGGUGGAGGGGCUGCAGUACGUGUCGGAGAGGUUCAACUUUGUGGACCUGAGUCGCGUGGCCAUCCACGGCUGGUCCUACGGCGGCUUCCUCUCCCUCAUGGGCCUCAUCCAGAGGCCCAACGUCUUCAAGGUGGCCAUAGCGGGUGCCCCGGUGACCGUGUGGAUGGCGUACGACACGGGCUACACGGAGCGCUACAUGGAUACUCCUGAGAACAACCCGCAGGGCUACGAGGAGGGCUCCGUUGCUCUGCACGUGGACAAGCUGCCCAGCGAGCCAAACCGCUUGCUGAUUCUACACGGAUUCCUCGAUGAGAAUGUGCACUUUUUCCACACCAACUUCCUGGUGUCACAGAUAAUCCGCGCUGGGAAGCCAUAUCAGCUACAGGUCUACCCCAACGAGCGACACAGUAUUCGCUGCCCAGAGUCAGGAGAACACUAUGAGAUCAUGCUGCUGCACUUUCUACAACAAUACCUCUGAAACCUGGGUGAACCCCCCGAUAA